AGAGAGAGAGAGAGACUCUCUUAAUAUAAUAAGGAAUAUGCCUGUCACGAUUAUGUUCAUGUAUUGUUCAUGUAAAUGCGACUCCGAGUAUAUUUUUCAUGUCAACGGUGAUAUUUUUCCAAGUCAGCUCUAACGAGUAUAUUUUCUUCUUUCUCGCGCCAAGUAUAAGCCGCGCGGCGGCUAGAACCGCUCGAAUUUCGCGAUGACGAUGCCCCACGUGCCGCGCGAGCGAUGCCGGCAGAGCCGAGGGCGAGGGUUGCCUGGCGACGUCGCGGAUCAACAAACAAGCCCACCCCCGAGAGAUCGUCGAGCCAGUUACGCAAUUCCGUUUCUCUAACAACAAUCGGAAUUCGGGGCCUGUCGCGCGGCGAUCUGAGAAAUGGCGUGCGGCAGGGAGAGAAUGAGAAUAGCGGCGAGCUACAGAGUGAACGAACCGAUACGCAACCUGAAGAUAAGAGUGCGAGUCACGCAGGAGAGGUCCCCGCUGGCCGAGUUGCUGGCCGAGGAGCCUGAGGGCGGCGAGACCAGAGACUCCAACUUCUUGGAGGAGGAGGACCGUAUUUUUAGCUGGCAGGACAAGGUGUUCGGCCCGUUCGAGAUCGAUUUCUAUGCGGACGAGAAGAAUUGCCUGACCGAUUGCCAGCGGGAGUACCACCGGCGUAUACGCGACGAGCAGCUGCAGGGUGCACGUUUGUACUCGUACACGGAAAACGACUCGUACUAUGCCGACGACGACCUCCUGACGAUGCCUUACAGAUCGUACUUGUCCGCGAAGAACGAGACGGCGUUGCCGGCCGUGCGGAACCGCAAGUCCUUCCGCGAGCGGUACAACAAGAACGUGGUGGACGACAGAGUGACGGAUACCAAGAUCCGAUCGAGCCAUUAUCUCUACACCGAGCGCACCAGCAUGCACGUGAUGGCCGAUCUUUCGCGCAAGGACGAGCCCGGGGGCGUCGGGUCGACGGACUCGGAGACGCUGCUCUGCACGGUGACAUAUGACAAGGCGCGCAAACUGCUGACCGUCAGCCCCGAUUUCACGAUCGACGACGAGCGGCGUUACGGCGUCGCCAACGGUUACGGCGUCAGGUUUAAUUAUCGAGUCGAGCACGUUUCCGAGGGGCGAACGCCGCUGGAAUUGCAGGAGCAUCGCGAAGACGCGCGGCGUGAGGUACAGCAGCAGUUUGCUUACAAGGAAAUAGAGUUAUACAAGGAGUUAGAAUUGCCACCUGCAAAUUUAUCCACGCUAUUCAUAAGCUUGGACAUUGCGUCGGCUCAUGGCUUCUCUUAUGACGGAUUGUUCGUUACCUAUUUCGUCGAUUUGCCGCAGCGUUGGAGCACGAAACAGAAAGAGAGAUUGUUCGGCAGAACUCAGAAGUGCCGUUUAGAAAAUAGAACAGCGCAUUUUAGUUAUUGUACGGAUAUAUCCUUGCAGUAUCCAUCGAACGAAUUUCAACGAUCAAGCGGCGAUGCACCAUCAUUCUGGCCUCGUCUAUUAUUCUCCGCAGCAUCUUUGGACAGUUGGACCAGGUAUCGAAUAGAGGGUUACGCGGCAUUGCCAGUACCGAUGACACCUGGUAGAUACGAAUUAACAGUUUCCACGUGGCGUGCGAAAGGAACAUUUAUCGACACGUUGAGACGAUUUUUUGUCGGUGGCUCUUACGAGCUCGAGGAUAUAACAUAUUGCGGCAUUCCAAUGAGCCACGAGGGCAAAGUUUUAGACAAGUCAAACUUGAAAGUCGUACCGAGCGGAGAUAUUAAAAUUUAUAUAAAUGUAAUAUGUCAGAGUAGUAGCCACGCGAAGCGUGUCAAUUAUCAAAGAGACGACUCGGAUAAAGUGAGCACCGACACGCUCGUGAAUAACGUUGAAAAUGUUCUUGAACAAUUUAAAGCGGCCAAAGAACGCAUGAUACGAAUAAGAGCGAUGAAUUCGUAGAGUUACAUUAUCCUAAUAAUUAAAAGACUGAUCGAUGAAA